GAUAAUCACCAUGGCUACAUUCAGAAUUUGAGUCCUAUAAAACGCUCACGAAAUCAAAAUCAGUGGUAUGAUUUUGAUUUACAAACCAGCCCAUCAAAAUUGAGACGAGUUGUAGGAUUUAAUAUUGCAAACCACUCCAUGCUACAAGAACAUGAAGCAUCAAAAACAGCUUUAACCCUCAAAAACACUAAGCAAAACAGCAACAAUGACAUCAUAUUCAACCAGCAAUCAACAGUAAGGGUAACACCAACCUUUGAUAUUGAUUUUGAUUACAAACCCAUCAACAAAUCCCAAAAGACUGAGCCCUCAACUCAGCCUGCCAAGAAGAUUACACUUGAGGAGCUCCCCACACUCCAAGUCAAUCAGAAA